GUGUGAGCUGUGAUGGCUGAACAGUUACAAGUGAGAAUACUCAUCAGGGAGCGCUCUGAUAUUGUGACCUGUGUUGGCAUUCUGACUGUUUACAAUGGCUGUGGACCAGGAGUCCACAGACAGCCUUCUGUUCCUGAAUACAGAGCUGAUUCGAUUUGAGCCAGUCAACAAGGUCACUGCUGUGUUUUUUGAUGAGUCAAACAAGCAGAUUUUUGCCGUCCGUUCGGGUGGCGCCACCGGUGUGGUUGCCAAAAGCCUGGACCCGACGAGGAACGCCAGUUUCCGUAUGGAGGACCGCGGCCCCGUGAUAUCGAUCAAGUUCUCUCCGGACCAGAAGGUGCUGGCAAUCCAGCGGAACAAGACGUCUGUGGAGUAUGUGAACUUCUCUGGCGAGCCGGACACGGUGGAGUACUCGCAGGGCUGCCGCAGUCGCAGCGCCACCAUACUCGACUUCGUCUGGGUGGCCGACACCGAGCUGGUGUACGUGACAGACCGCGGCGUCGAACACUACCAGGUGCUUCCGGCGCGGCGGCAGCUGAAGUCGCUGAAGAACAGCAGCUUAUCCAUCAACUGGUCUGUUUUCUCCGCCCGCUUCUCCUACUUGCUGGUAUCCAGCGGCGCGCUGGGCAACACCCUGCAGCCGUUCACCUUCAAACCAGGCACCAUGACCAAGCUAACCAAGUUUGAUGUGGAGCUGAUGGAGGUGCCGCGGCCGGCGCGGCUGGCGCUGCACGCGCACGACGUGACGCUGUGCGAGCUGCACGGUCAGCUGGCGGUGCUGGCGCUGCAGCACGGCGCCGCCGCCGGCUCGCCCAGCUCCAGCUCCAGCCCCGGCCACGGUGCUGAGAUCCGGCUGCACCAGGCUAACAGGGACGGAGCAAUGGUCAAGAACAGCACCCUGUUGCUCAAUACCAGCGGCAGCUUCGCCAUCUCAGUCAUCGACAACCUCAUCAUCGUCCAUCACCAGGAAUCAAAGACGUCGCAGGUGUUCGACAUCACGCUGUCGGGCGAGUCGGACGGCUGCGUGACCUUCCAGCGGGCAGUGGCGCCCCCUGCCGCCAUCCGGCCGUUCCAGCUGCGCCUGCCGACAGCGGCCGCCGCCCUCGACUCCGAGCCCACGCUCAUCACCUGCGAGCUCUACGCGCCCUCCUGGGUGGUCUUCCAGCCGAACAUCAUCAUCGACGCCAAGCUGGGCUGCUUCUGGACGCUGGCCGUGGCCGUGGAGGCGGUGCCGCGCGUGCUGGCCGACCCGGUGGCGGCCACGCGGCUGCUGCUGGCGCGGCGCGCCGGCAAGCCGGUGCUGCUGGGCCUGCUGCGCCAGCUGCUGCGCCAGCCUGGUCGGCUGGGCGCCGUCGGCGACGCGCUGGACCUGGUCAACGCGCAGACGCAGCGUCAGCUGGAACACACUGUCAGCAGCCAGAUGGGGACACCGGUGUCGGCGAUAGGCACGUCGCCCACGCUGCCGGCUACCCGGCCGGUGCCGUUCGUCAUCAGCCAGGCCGACCUGCACGGCGAGGCGCUCUCGGCGCUGGUCGACCGCGACCUGCUAGGCCGCGCCGACCAGCGCUGGGUCACCGGCGUGCUGGUCGAGUGCGUCAGGUCACUGAACCAGCACGGCCUGGCGGUGGAGCACUUCCUGUACGAGAUGCUGAUCAACACGCUGGUGCUGCGUGGCUGCUUCUACCAGCUGCAGCAGCUGCUGCAGUACCACGUGGUGGAUGACUCGAAGCCGCUGGCCUGCUUGUUGCUGUCGCUGCAGAGUGUGUACCCACCGUCGGAGCAGAUGGCGCUGGAUAUGCUGUGCCGGCUCGGGAACGCUCACGAGGAGAUCUUGGAGGUCCUCCUGUCACGGAAUUGCGUCGCCUGCGCACUCAAGUUCGCGAGACAGAACGACAUGAUCGAAAGCUUGUCGGCCCGGAAGUUCUUGGACGUCGCAAAGAAUACGGGCGACAGUGACGUCUUCUACACAACGUUCAAAUUCUUUGAGGAAAGAAACUACCAAAGCAGAGGGAAGGUGGAUUUCCUUUCAGGUGAGCACUGCGAUCCGUACGUACGUCACUUUAGCCAGCUGUUCGGAGCAUCUUCCAGCAUACGCGAGGCGCUGGAGGCGGCGCAGCGGCGUGAGGACGGCCUCUGACCUCGCUCGACCCCGCACCGCGUCGCAGUAGAUGCGUGCUGGGACGGAACUUGUGCCCACCCGCGAGACGGUGCGGCGUCGGCUGACCCACCGGGCGCGAUCACCAUCCUUCGCCGAAAGUGCCGGCUGGUGGCGCAGUGUACCUCGCGGCAGAUCACCUGUGAUCGCCGGCUGCAGUCGGCCCGUCUUUCGAUGGCGUGUCAGCCGUCGCGGGCCCGAGCUGGCCGCGGGUGCAGCCGCUGAGGUCGUGUGUACGCUUCCAUGGCGCUGCCGGCAGAUCAUGGCGGCCAGCCUCAGGCUGUGCUACGGAACCGGGCGACUUUAUGCCAAACCGUCUGCCAAUGGUACUGCCGACAUCCCGCAUGCGCGUCUGUUAGAGCUUGACUGUGUAUGCGCGCGUUGUACGCCAAGGACCUGCCGGAGCUGCGCUCGAUUGGGGUAUAACAUUGCAGGUAUGUCUACCUCGCCCAUAGUGGAUGGUAACCGGAGGAGUGGUAUGCGCAGCGACGGUGCCCGCGAGUGACUGUUGGCCGCGCGGACGCCGUGAUCCAUGAAACCACAAGGUCAUGAUCGUGUAACCGUUGCUGGAUAGUGUUGUUGCGCCCGCCGUGGCACGGGGCUUUCAGUGAACGUCAGAUGAGAACCAGUGUGCAGCAGUUGCGGCUGAAACCUAUCCAUUGAGGUGCUACCCGGUCGAAAGGGAUGCAC